GGGACAGGGAAAAUGAAACCACACAAGUGCACUCAGAUGACUUUAAGGCAUGAACCACAUGCGCAAUGAUGCAUUUCCUCUGCUAGGUUCCUCCUCGAGAGCAGUUUUGCUUUGCAGACAACCGACGCACGAAUUCGCACUUAUGGAAAGACGAAGUUUCUGAAAGCAAAGUGAGGGGGACACGUCCAGGGACACACCAUGGAGUACGACAACCACAUAGAACUGUUGUUGGCUUAUAUGAACAUUGAGGACAUCAUCAACGCUGCAGAGACCCUCUAUCAGCUUGAGCAAGAAGAAGAGGACAGGGGCUUGUCAUUGGAAGAGGACACUCUGUCCCCCGUUGAAAUGGAUGGGAGUGAAGAGGUCAGAGAAUUCAGGUGUCCGGAGAAAGACCACACUAACAAGGAUGGCGGUGUUCGGUAUGGGACCGUGACGGACCUCCUGUCCUUUGUCAAUCUUCUCUCCAAUAUGCAAGCAACAGCCUUGCCGUGCCCGCAUGAGGAGGUGGGAGUCCUGCUCAAUAAAAAAGACAUGGCUGUGAAAAACGGCCGCUACAAGAUCAACAAGGAUGUGCUCCUGUUUCCCUGGCAGCUGACCUACAAGAAUCGUGGCUCCGACCUGGUGCCAAAGGGCUCCUUUGGGAAAGUUCACCUAGCUCAGGAUGGAACCACCCGGAAGAGAAUGGCAUGCAAACUGAUCCCCGUGGAGAAUUUCAGAGGAGCCGACGUGGAGUUCCAGGCUCGCUUCCGCCACGAGAACAUUGCCGAGCUCUACGGGGCUUUGCUCUGGGAACGCAACGUGCAUCUCUUCAUGGAGGCCGGCGAGGGCGGCUCGGCCCUGGAGAAGAUCGACAGCUGCGGGCCGAUGAGGGAGUUUGAAGUGAUCUGGGUGACCAAGCAUGUGCUUCGGGGACUGGAGUACCUCCAUUCGCACAACGUGAUCCAUCACGACAUCAAACCCAGUAACAUCGUCCUGAUGUCAGACAAGGCUGUCCUGGUGGACUUCGGCCUCACUGUGCAGAUGACGGAAGACAUCUACAUUCCCAGAGACUUGAGAGGAACUGAGAUGUACAUGAGUCCAGAGCUGGUGUUGUGUCGGGGGCAUAACACCAAAACUGACAUCUACAGCCUCGGUACCACCAUCAUUCACAUGCAGACUGGCAGCCCCCCCUGGGUUAGGAGGUAUCCACGCACCGCCUACCCGUCCUAUCUCUACAUUAUCCACAAGCAGGCGCCCCCCCUGGAGGACAUAGCAGACAACUGCAGCCUGGCAAUGCGGUCCUUUCUGGAGCGAGCGCUAGAGAAGAACCCAGCGCUGAGAAGCUCGGCGUCGGAGCUCCUCAAGGACGACGCCAUCAAUCCGCCCAAAGAGGACCAGCCCAGGUGCUGGAGUCUGGACUCAGCUCUGGAGGAGGCCAACCAGGCCAUGUUCUACCAGUAUAGCAAGCACGAUGACGCCACAGAAGAAUCGUCGCUGUACGCUGAAGGUUCGGGCCCCAUGAAGAGAAACGGCUCCUUGUACCUGGACCUGGGGGCUUUGUCCGGGUACUGCCCGCUGGUGACGGGCCCCCCUGCUUCACAAUACGUCUAGUAUCUACGCGGGCGACCUUUGAUUGAGAGACGCAGAAGAGCUCGUCUUGAAUUGUCGGCCUUCACUGUUGCGGAACAGCGCCGAUUGCAGAGGCCUGGAUGGAGUGCUGCAGGGGACUCAGUGACGACCCGUUAACAAGACUCACAAUGACCAAUUAGCUAAUCCAUCACGCUGGAAUCGGCUGAUGUGAAUCAACAGCGCUGCAGGACAGUCGUUUGACGAGGCAUUUGGGUUUUUAUUCUACUUUUCAAAUGAAACGAAGCGUGCUCGUCUCGUGUUUUCUUCAAGUAUGUGUGCACACUGCAAUCAUGACUGAUUUAGUCCUGCGUGGACUUCCUCAUUUUAAUUCCUGUGGAAUAUGAAUAGCAUCAUGUGAUAUGUCUGAUUUGUGUGUUGUACAUCCUGUGAGAUGAGGCCUUUGUGCUAUUUUUAACGAUAAAAUUUCACUAUCCAUACAAAUGUUUAUCUUUCAUUUUCUUCUGGACCACUUUAAUGUGAAAAAUGGGGCUUUGAGUGCAUCAGUUUCACUUUCUAGCUGUGGAAUAGCUUGACUUUAUUCUUUCAUCCUUUCUGCUCGAUGUAGGGGUUCAUAUAGUUGGCAAAAUGGUUGCAUUGUGUUUGUAUUGGUGCUGUUACACAUGCACUACACAUUUUCUGCAGUUGGGACUGUACAUCGCAUGCAGGGGUUUUAUUUUAAAGACAAACUUUCCAAGACAGCAGACACCUUGGUUGACUCAUCUCAAGGAAAAAAACAUCUUAUGGAAUUUUCCUGAAAGCUCAAAGCUAAAACUAAGAGCAAUAAAGGGUCCUGAGUCAAUCAAUCCUCAAAUAU